AUGACCCACCAAACGCCACACCUUCUCACAAAGGGUGAACUGCGAAGAGUCGAAGAGUGCGCCAAGGAAAACGGGACGUUUGCAGAGUGCUGGAACAGCGACCAGGUCGUCAUUGUAGGCUGCGAACCUGUAGGCGCGCAUGUCUGCGUCACGGAAACGCCGUUCAUGGAGCUGGACAUCCUCUCGCCAACUGCGAAUCCACUCUCGGGCUCCAAGUCCAAUAAGCAACACCCCACAAGGCAGUGCUGCAAGAAAAAGUUCAUUGUGUUGGAAAAGUCCAAGGUCAACAAGAGACUCCGACCGAAACCAUGGUAUUACCGCUACGACUCCACCGAGGAGUUUUCACUUUACUACGACGACGCGAAAGCGAAGGUCAAAGAACUAUUUUCUCAACUAGCGACUGAGGUAUCCCGAAACCUCUGA